AUGCCCAUCUCGGCACUACCCCAAGACACCGCACGCGUCAUCACAUCAAGCGUAGCCCUCAACGAUGCCGUGUCUCUUGUCAAAGAGCUUGUCGACAAUGCUCUCGAUGCGCGAGCAAAUACAAUCGCUGUCGAAAUCUCUGCCAACACCAUAGAUGUCAUCCAAGUCAAGGACAAUGGUACUGGUAUCGGCGUUGAGGACCGACAAUUGCUUUGCAAACGAGGCUGCACCUCCAAAAUCAGAACUAUCGACGAUCUUGCAUCGCUAGGUGGCAGUUUCCUGGGCUUUCGUGGUGAAGCUCUAGCAAGUGCUACUAAUAUCAGCAGCUCCCUACUCAUCACAACGCGCGUGGAAGGGGAGGUCGUGGGAUCAGCGCUCAAGUAUGGCAUGAAUGGCAAGAUGAUCAGUUCGGCGUCUGCAUCUCACUCCGUUGGUACCACCGUUCGCGUCCAGGAUUUUCUGUCAAACAUCCCUGUACGAAAGCAGACGGCCCUUAAGGCGGCGGGCAAAAUCCUUACCAACGUUCGCAAGCUUCUGUUCACCUAUGCUUUUGCCCGACCUGAAGCUCGAUUCACGCUCAAAGUGCUCAAGGGGAAGAAUGACAAGGCCAACUGGAGCUAUGCUCCUGGCAGCGUCGGCCCUCUUCAGUCUGAGACGGCCUCCAAAGUUGUUGGCCAAGAUGUUGCCAUGCAGACGAAAUUGCACACGAUUGCCUCUGGUGAAGAUUCCGAUGAACCGGACGACCUAUCCUACCGUAUAGAAGCUCUGCUUAUAGACCCGAGCCUAACUGUCGCCAAAGCAUGCGGUGCAGAGCAAUACUUCUCCGUCGAUAAGCGGCCCAUCAGUGCUGAACGAGAUCUCAUGAAAAGGAUAUCAAAAUUGUACAAGAACUACCUACGCGACGCUCUCCCGGCGGACGACAGCUCAAGCGUAUCGAAGCCAUUCAUGUGUGUACGAGUCUUUUGUCCUCCUGAGAGCUAUGAUGUCAACGUUGAGCCAACAAAGGAUUGCGUUAUGUUUUACAGGCCGAAUAUCGUGUUCGAUCUGUUCGAAAAACUGCUGAGGAAUGCAUAUGGAGAGAUUCGCCCCUCAGAGGCAGCUAUCACGACUCCUGUGGAUGACGUCGGCCCGGUCAAGCCUGUCUCCUCGUUCGACAUCCUGUUAGCCCGUAAAUCCGAUGCCAGAGAGCAAUCCAACAAACAGUUCUCGGCGUCCGCGGGGGAUACUUCGACUGACAUACCGAUUCGAGAGGCCGAGAUGGCGAUACACCCACAAUCCGACGAUGCGAGGCGUGGUGGCAGCAUCUCGGACGAAGAAGCAGGUACCACACUGGACAAUCCUUGGACGAAAGCCAAGAUGAAUGUGCGACUCGUUUCUAACAAUGGCGACGCUUCGACAGAUGUUGAUUCAGGCGCCCACGUGAUCUCAGCUGCUGAGAGCAGAUUGCAAGCAUCUGUCACACCAAAUCGAUUGCCCCUGGGCACGAGCAUCCAGUUACCUACGCCAGACCCAUCUCCUGGAAUAACAUCUCAAUACCAGAAUCCGGGUCCGCCAAUCCAACGCCGCACAACACGCAAUACACACAGUGAUGAUGACUCUCCUCCACCCACAGAACCUCGUCGCGAUACUCUGCUUGAUAGCUGGGUGCAAGCAUCGCAAAGAGAAUCUCCUCGUGGCCUUCUGGAUCGCCUUCCAUCAUCGCCAGUUCCGCCUUUAUCCAAUAUCGAGCUAGGACAAGCUUCCUCGACUUCUCGUCAGAUGAGUGACGAGAAACGUACGUUGUCAUCAAGCCACCGGCUUUCCACAGGUGGUCAGGCUCUCGAGCAAGUCCGGCGGCCACUUGUGCCGCCAUUCAAAAGACCGCAGCCUAGUGAUUUCUCCGAAUCAGACCAUCUCGGCGUCAGUAAUGGCUCAAAUAAGGGCUUUCUCGAGCUCAGCCAUGGUCACCUGCAUCCAAGGAGUGCUGGACAACACGAGCAAGAGCUAGACGAGAUCUUGGAAUUUGAACGCCAGAAGAAAGCUGUUUCACAACAACACAGAGCGGCCAUCAAGGGGAUGCGACAGCGUUCAGCCAAGCUCAAUUUCGAGUCACCUGCCGAUGUGUCAGUCGAGGCGGAGUACCAGCGGAGAGAGGCCUUAUUGACGACCCUGACCGAGGAAGGCAUGCCAGAGGACUUCGGUGCACGCUUCAAUGAAAGAGCUGAUCUUUCUACUAGGUGUGACCAGAGUACAUUGGUCAAUGGAAGUGCUGGCAGCACUCCAACCCCUCAUCGCAACCGUGCCAUUGCUGCUGUUAGAUCUCUCGGCCAUGCUCAUCCUAGCUCGGACAAAGCCAACGACAUCGACCAUACAGAAGGUAGGAGCAGCAACAUGGUCAGAGACCACGUCCAGAGAAUGCCUGACACAGACCCUAGGUCUUGUCUUAUACGUCAGCGUGGUGGCCGAGGCGUUGGUAGUGUGGGAUCGACAGGCACCAAAGUCAGCAGGGUUAGGACGACCAACUUGCCUUUCGAGGUGAUACCGGAGGGCGAAGAGUUGUUCGACUUAGCCUUGAUAGCAGAUGUGCACGGUACUGAGUACACGAAUGCAGCACAAGCUGCAGCAAACCUCUGCAAUGCUACCAGCAAGCUGUUGCAGAUCGACGAGUACGUUCUCCGGGGCUGCGUUGAACAUAUACACUGGAUCCCCAAUGGCAAAGAUGUGGAGUUAUGGGAGCAAAGACUUCAAAUGCUGGUACAGACUCGAUAUCAGCCUAAUCGCCUCGUAGGGGCCGAGGAGAUCGAGUCCAGCUCACAGCCGCGCAAGCCGCAAGCCUUCGCCAUGGAUCUUGCACUUGGCACGACACUGAAGGCUCACGUUGAUGAAAAUGGCGUGUGA